UAUAUGAUAAAAUAAAAUUAUGCUUUUACCUUGUUUAGGUGCCAAGAAUGCACCAAAUACAAAUAUACAAUUGAUAUUUAGGGAAGCAUUCUUCAAAUAUUUUGAAGGUAAAAGACCUAAUUUUAUUUUAUUUCAAAAAUAGUAUUAUCUCUAUUGGUCUUAAUGACCUUAGGGGCCAACACAAUCUCUAGAAACAUUCAUGAGCAUAGAUUAUGUUAAGAAAAUAAAUUGAGACACGAAUUUAACGGGGGAAUUUGAAAUGAAAAUAUCACGGAAUGAAUUUGAGGAUUUUAUUAUGUUGAUAUAGAUAGUGCAGGUACAAUAUUAGGAUUUGAUUGGAAGACAUUAAUGGAGCUUCAUAGCUAUGAAGAAGAUGAAGGAAAGGGAGAGAAAAGAGAGGUUACAUUUCUUGGAGGGGAGGAAAUCGGGUGUCACUAGACCAUAAGGUCUUUGCCAUUAGACUGUCCUAGGUUUGGAAUAUUAACCCCAACAAUCUGAUAUUAUACUUGAUAAGCAUUAAAUAGGAGAUGAAAUAUUAGAGAAUAACAUAAUGAACUCAUUGUAAUCACAAGACUCUGUAAUGAUAAAUUAGAAGAGUAACUAGCCUAUAUUGGGUUUAUCGAGGCAAACCCCACUCCUCUUCCGAGUAUGUGAGUAAACCCUCGCCCUGUGAUCCUAGCCGGCAAAGGACCACAAGGAGGUUAACCAGCCCCUCACGGCCGCGAGCGUCUUGGUCUUGCCACUCAGGCUGCCCUUACGGGCAUGUGUAUCAGUGUAUGCUUUUAAGUUUUAAGAUAGCUUGUGAAUUAUUUAAUUAUAAUUCAUCAAUACUAUCAUCCGGGAAGAAACUCUCUCUGACUUGUGUCUCAUAAUCAUAUUUAAAUAUUAUUUCUUACUUCAAUUACUCAAAUAAGCAGCUUUAUUUAGAAGUGUGCCAUUAUUCCUGUAAAGUGCUAAGCAUUUCUUUAUUAUUAUAUCAUCAAAAUCUUCCAUUAGGAAAUAAGAAUCCAACUUCCCAAUAACCUCCAAAAUUUUCACUCACUCUUUUUGCUGAGAUUCUUUCAAUCCCUAUUGGUUUUUCAUUUUCACCCACUUUAAUUUAUUCCCUUUUCCUUGCCUUUAUUUACCCUUAGCUUGUUCUCACCUGCUGUUUGUACCACAAUCAUUUGAACUUCUUCUCUCACUCUCUUGCAAAAAUAACCAUGACUAAACACAACUUGGAUAAGACAAACUUGUGUGUCUCACUGCUACUACUUGUACACUUGUUUCAGUACUCAUCUUCACAGAAGUCCUGUCCAGACUGUGGCUCUAUGGGAGUUCCAUAUCCCUUGAGCACAAAUCCCACUUGUGGUAACACUCAGUAUUCUAUUCGUUGCGACCCUCACUCUCAGGAGCUGUAUUUUGAUGCCCUUAAUGGGAGCUCAUAUCUUAUCCUAAAAAUUUAUGCUCCAUUUCAGCGCAUGGUGGUGCAGCCAUCACCCUGGGUGUCGUCUGGUUCAUGUGUAACUCAAGACAUGCCAAAGAGUGAGGGGCUGUGGCUGAACCAGUCACUUCCGUUUAGUGUCACUACUUCCAACACUGUUUUUCUGUUCAAUUGUUCGCCAAGGCUCAUGGUGUCACCUCUCAAUUGCACUCCUUCUAGCCUUUGUCACAGAUACCUCGAGAAAUCUGGGAGAGUGGAUGCAGCGCGUUCUCAGCAGUGUGCAAGUGGUCUACGCCCCUGCUGCACCUUUGUUGCUGGUGGUUUGCCAUCUGCAUAUAAGAUAAGGCUUCACAGCUCGGGCUGCAGAGCGUUUAGAAGCAUCCUGCAUUUGAAUGUUAAUGAUCCGACUGGGAAAUGGGAGGAAGGAUUGGAAAUUCAAUGGAUUCCUCCAUCUGAGCCAACCUGCAGAUCCCAGGCUGACUGCUCUGGGGCUUCUACAUGUUUGCCUGCUGCUGAAAAUGGUGUGUUUCGCUGUUUCUGCAACACGGGGAAUUUCUGGAAUCAUAGCUCAGGAGUUUGCAUGGUGAAGGAAAACUCUCCUCAUGCCCACUCUAACUCUAACUCUAACCUUGCCUUGAAGGUUUUGAUUGGAGUGGGCAGUUUUUUUGUUGUAACAGUGGUGAUGGCUGCAAUUUCAGUGAAAAGAUGUGGUAGAUUCUCUAACAAGGUGAAGCUCGCCAAGGCAAGAAAGCAGAUGCUGAAAUCAAGCAGUAAUGGUGAAAAAGGUGGGUGCAGAAUGUUGAGUCUGAAAGAGGUGAAGAAAGCUACAAAUGGAUUCUCGAAAGAUAGGAUGCUGGGAAGUGGUGGUUUCGGAGAAGUUUACAAAGGCGAACUUCAAGAUGGAAGCAUUGUGGCAAUCAAAUCUGCAAAAGUUGGUAACUUGAGGAGCAUGCAACAAGUACUGAAUGAAGUAGGGAUACUUUCUCAAGUCAAUCACAGGAAUCUGGUAAGGCUUUUGGGUUGCUGUGUUGAAGCUGAGCAGCCAUUGCUGAUCUAUGAGUAUAUUUGCAAUGGGACACUCCAUGACCAUAUACAUGGUAAGUUCCCAAACUUUAUGGACUGGAAAACAAGGCUAAAAGUUGCUUUUCAGACUGCAGAAGCACUGGCCUAUCUGCAUUCAGCUGUUUAUACUCCAAUCUAUCAUAGAGAUGUCAAGUCCACAAACAUUCUUCUGGACAGUGAAUUCAAUGCAAAAGUUUCGGAUUUUGGGCUGUCAAGAUUGGCUGGCCCAGGGCUGAGUCAUGUGUCUACAUGUGCUCAGGGAACAAUGGGGUACUUAGAUCCCGAGUACUACAGAAACUAUCAGCUUACUGAUAAGAGCGAUGUCUACAGCUUCGGGGUUGUAUUGCUUGAGCUUCUGACUUCCCAGAGAGCAAUAGACUUCACCCGAGGUGAAGACGAUGUGAACCUGGCUGUGUAUGUCCUUCAGCGAGCCAACACCGGCUCAAUCAUGGAAGUGGUGGACAAACGUUUGCUUGCAGGCGACGAGGAGGAGCCUCCAUCCAAGGUGAUCACAACAGUGAAGGCUUUUGCAGACCUUGCACUAACUUGCUUGAGGGAAAAGAAGGGAGACAGACCAGGCAUGAAGGAUGUUACUCAACAACUUCAGUGCAUAGCACAAGUAGUGGAUCAGGAAGAGGUUAGCUGCUUCUAAUGAGGACAGCUUGAAUAGUGUAGAGUUUGUGGUCUUUGUCAUGGCAGUAGAAAACAAUAUCAGAUCAAUAACUAGUAUAGUUCUGAUAACAUGAUUUGCCAUCCAUCAUGUUGUUUCUGAGUGGCAAAGAAAAAUUAUUGAGAGUGGCAGGCAAUAAGUGUGAUCUUUGAAUAUUCAUAUUAGUUGCUGUGGAAAUAAAG